AUGGCCGCUUCGCAGUCACCCUGCAAACUCCCCAUCAUAGAUCUCACAAAAGACAACUUGAAACCAGGUACAAGUUCAUGGACAGCGACUUGUGACUCAGUCCGCCAUGCUCUCGAAGAAUAUGGCUGUUUUUUGGUAGUGCAGGAUCAUGUUUCUGCACAAUUUGAAAAGGAAGUCUUUGAUGUGGUGAGGGAAUUGUUUGAUCUUCCUACUGAAACAAAAUCCCAACAUAACCUCGACAUGUUCGUAGGCUAUGUUGGUCAACUUCCUCAUGCUCCUCUCCACGAAAGCAUGGAAAUUCCCAAUGCAACAACGAUUGAUGGAGUUCAAGCUUUCACAGAUCUCAUGUGGCCUUCAGGAAACAAGAGAUUUUGUGAAACUAUGCUAACUUAUGCAAAGUCGGUGGCUGAAGUGGAACAAACAGUGGACAGGGUGGUAUUCGCAAGCUACGGUACAAUGGACCACUUGGAAUCACAUAUUGAGUCUUCCACAUAUAUCCUUCGACCACUAAAGUACACCCCACCAGAAAUGCACAACAACGUUGAUGUUGGCGCUGAUGUUCAUACUGACAAGGGCUUCAUCACCAUGCUUCAUCAGAACCAAGUGAAUGCCUUGAAGGUACAAGCAAGGAAUGGGGAAUGGAUUGAUGUGGACUUCUCACCAGCAUCGUUUCUCGUCCUAGCAGGCGACGCCUACCAGGCAUGGAGCAAUGACAGAAUUCACCCUCCAAGGCACCAAGUGAUCAUGAAAGAAAACAAGGAAAGGUACUGCAUUGCCCUGUUUGCUUACAACUACGGGAUGGUGAAUGUACCGGAGAUACUAAUUGAUGAAAAGCACCCUUUGGCAUUUAAGCCAUUUGAUAAUUUUGAUUUACUCCGGUGCUUCUUAUCACGUACGACUGACAUGUCCUCCAGUACUGCUAAAGCCUAUUGUGGCAUUAACGCCUGA